GAAUUUCUCCUUUGUACAGUCCCUCAAAAGUUGUGGAAAAUCUUGAUAAGCGCAAGCAUUUCCUCUGCUGCUGCCUUUUGGGGCCUCUAACUAUGUGGCUUUACAACCUUAUGCCAAGCCUGGACCUGAAAGGAAUUAUUUUGUUUAUUUUUUCCUUUCUUUUGAUAGCAGACCUCCUUAGGAAUAGAAAACCAGCAAACUAUCCCCCAGGACCAAGAGCUCUCCCCUUUGUGGGGAACCUCCUCAGUUUUGAUAGCAAACAUCCACACAUUUUUUUCAGCAAGUUAGCUGACAUCUAUGGCAAUGUCUUCAGCUUUCGCCUUGGCAAGGAAAACCUGGUCAUUUUGAACGGACACAAGAUUGUGAAAGAGGCCAUAGUGACACAAGCAGAGAACUUUGUGGAUCGACCACCUAAUGCGAUAGCUGACAGGUUUUACACUGAACCCUCAGGGGGUCUUUUUUUCAACAAUGGAGAAAUAUGGAGGAAACAGCGACGCUUUGCUUUAUCUACCUUACGUUCAUUUGGCCUCGGCACAAACACGCUGGAGCUGAGCAUCUGUGAGGAGAUCCGACACCUGCAGGAGGAAAUCGAGAGUGAGAAAGGAAACCCUUUUGACCCAACUGGCCUCUUCAACAAUGCUGUCUCCAAUGUUAUUUGCCAGCUUGUUAUGGGAAAAAGGUUUGACUACAAUGACCACAGGUUUAGGACAAUACUGAGGUAUAUGUCUGAGGGGAUCUGGAUAGAAGGGAGCAUAUGGGGUCAGCUUUAUCUGGGAUUUCCUCAAGUGAUGCAAUAUCUGCCAGGUCCUCACAACAAACUCUUUAGUAACUACAAUGCUACAAAGGAGCUUAUUCAUGAGGAAAUUGAAAAGCACAAGAAGGAACUAGAUCGCAAUAAUCCAAGAGACUACAUUGACGCUUUCCUUAUUGAAAUGGAGAAUCAUAAGGAAUCCAACCUGGGCUUCACAGAGAGCAAUCUGGCCUUCUGCUCUUUUGACCUCUUCCUGGCUGGAACAGAAACAACUGCCACCACAUUGCUUUGGGCGUUGCUUUUCCUUGUAAAACAUCCUGAAGUGCAAGAGAAGGUCCACGCAGAAAUAGAUAAAAUGAUCGGAAGUUCUCGUCAACCCUCCAUGGCUGACAGACCCAACAUGCCUUACACUGACGCUGUGAUCCAUGAGAUCCAGAGGAUGGGUAACAUUGUUCCUCUCAAUGUCCUUAGAGUUGCUGCUAAGGAUACAACUCUGGGUGGCUACCUUAUUCCAAAGGGAACAUCAGUGCUGCCCAUGUUGACCUCUGUGCUGUUUGAUAAAAAUGAAUGGGAAACUCCUGACACCUUCAAUCCUGGACAUUUUCUGGACGCUAAUGGAAAGUUUGUGAAGAAAGCAGCCUUCCUGCCCUUCUCUGCAGGAAAGCGUGUGUGUCUCGGUGAAGGCCUCGCUAAGAUGGAGAUGUUCCUGUUUUUCGUGGGCUUAUUGCAGAAGUUCAUGUUCUCCGUCCCUGAGGCAGCUGCACUGAGCACAGAAGGAAUCACUGGAACUACACGAGUGCCUCAUCCCUAUAAGGUGUCUGCUAAGGCUCGCUAAGCUGUGGACUUUCACCAACCCUGGCCUGGUUCAAUAGAAAACCAACUCACUGCAUGUAAAAAAAAAAAAGCCUGUUAUUUCAAUUCAAAUAAAUUCAAAA